UAUGUCAUAUGAUCCUCCUGUCAUCCCAAACCCUUCAUAAAUGCUUCACGAGUCUUAGUUCGUCAACAUUUCUCAAAAACAUCUUUUUCUCCCCAACAGUCCUUUUGAUAUCAAUAAUCAAUCUGAAAAAGUCUAUUCUCAAAUAGCUUUUGAACCUCAACAACUAGAGAUGAUGUUCGACAUUCUACCAUCUUAAAAGGCAGUUUCUCAAUAAUUCAAUAAGAAACCAUCAAAAAUUUCAAAUCUCAAAUAACCCACUUCUUCUGCAAUCUUACUAUCAAAAAGGUAUUUCAUUAUUUUAGUUAUUUGUAGAUCUAUUCACCAUAAAUUACAAUCAACAAUGUCAAAUUAUCAAUUUUAAAAAGAACCUCUCAAAUCUUAGAAAGGUACUUUAAAUCAAUAUUUUAUCAGUAGGACUAAGACACCUGUCAAUAAAAGUUAAAGAGAUAGUUUUUGAAUUCAAGUUAACAUCUUACAAGGACGUGGCAGAAAGACUUAUAAAAGAAUAGAUUUAAUACUAAGAUAGAAUUUCAGAUUAUGUUAAUGUAAAUAUAAUUAAAUAUUACAAAGUCAAAAGAUGAGUAGAAUAUUAAAAGAAGAGUUUAUGAUGCCAUUAAUGUUAUGAUAGCCUCAAGAGUUUUAAAAAAAGAUGGCAAAACGGUUAAAGCUAAUUUUGACAAUUCAGGUUAUGCUAAGAAUCUAUUGCAGCUAAAAUCUCUCCAUGAAGAACAACUCGUAAAUCCUCUAUAAUAUUAUUAGAAUAAAAAGUAAAAAAUUUUAGAAAUGAAAAAAAAAUAGUUGGCUGAUAUAGUUUGGAAGGUUAAAGCUGCUAAUUUACUAAUUGAAAGGAAUAAAUCCCUAGAACUUAAUAAUUAAUAAUAAUUGUUCUAUUUUCCAAUUUUGACAUUCACUUAAGAUGCCAAACAUCCAAAAUUUAUUAAAGAUAAAAAUUUAUUAAAAAUUUUAAUGAAAUCAAAGACAAAUUUUACAGCUGAUCUAGAUAUUAUAAAAUAUUUAUUUAUGUAAAUUUGUAUAAUCAACUAUUUUAGAGAAAAAAUAGACUCAAAGUACUUGUUGGAUGAAUGUUAAAAUUUAUAUAUAUGA